GUACCUCGAGUAGGUACCUUAGGUAACCAUAAGUGACGCAUGCCAUGGACCUUCCCCCGCCUAGAACAUGGACAAGAGGGCCCCUCGGCCUUUGGCCAGCAGAUGAGAUUGCCAUUCUGCGCCUGACCAUCAUUCGUCUGCCGGUCACGUGUGCAAACCCCAAACUGUCAUCUCCACCUCCACCACCACCGUCUUGACACUCAACGUCAACAAACGCCUCAUCUUGCCUCUCAGCAUGCCCUCAACACCAUUGCAAUACAGCAUGUAUGACUUAUCAUCGCCUAGGCCAAGUCCUGGGCACUACAUCGCCACACGCAUGGCGACGUCAUCACAAGGAGGGUCUCAUUGAUAAGCUUGUGCAUCGCAACGACGUUUCCUUCUCCCUCUCCCAGACCAAGCCUGACACAACAGUCGAUGAACCCCCACUUACAUCAUCCAUUCAAGUCGCCCAUCAAGCUGGGGUUAAUUGUCUGGCCGUCGAUAGCAUUGACGGACAAUUCUUGAUUACAGGUGGUGCCGACUCCAUCAUUCGAUUAUGGAAUGUGGACAAUCACGCAUCCUCGACCUCGUCGACCAGUCCCAGCGGUCAGCCUUGGGCACCAACCACCCAUUAUCCCAUAGCAUCAUCGUCACGCGCCACCCCUGAGUCUCACACUCACGCCCUCACGUCCAUUUCCAUCUACCCAUUCGAUCCUACACCUAGCACACUGCUGAGCACUGCGUAUGACAAGACUCUGAAGGUGACCUCCAUCACCCCGACCUCCCUUGUCGCCAUCCACACAUUCACCCUCGAUUAUGCGCCCUACACACACGCUGUGUCGACCGUUCCCGACUCUUCGCCUUUGAUUGCCGUUGGAACUGCCCAUCCAGCAGUGCGCCUUCUUGACCUGCGAUCUGGUCUAUCAACCCACUCGCUGUCCGGCCCGAAUGGAGCAAUCUACUCUCUAGCUUGGUCACCUAUACACUCUCAUCUCUUGGCAUCUGGGUCUGCUGACGGAAAGGUAUUGUUCUUCGAUAUCCGACGUGCCAAUGCCGCAUUUGCCUCACUCGAUCACGACGAUGCCAUUGGCGUUGUAGGCGAGCCACCCUCAACUGGAGCUCUAUCCGCUCGACAUCACGUUCUCGAUUUCCAAGCCGUCGCCCACAACGGUCCUGUCACCAGUGUUCAAUGGACCCCUACUGGCGACAAGAUUGUGACUGCAGGUCACGAUCAACGAAUACGGGUCUGGGAUGCUGCCACCGGUCGCAAUGACCUAGUACAUUUCGGUCCUCGAGUCCGCAACGAUCGUGCCGGUCAACUCCAGCCGCUGAUAUCGCCUAGUGGGUUCCACGCACCAGGUCGAGAGAUGCUAUUCUGGCCCAACGACGAUGGCCGAGGAAUGAUAUUCCAACACUUGUUGAGGGAAGGCAAUAUGGUGCGGAUCCUGCGUACUCAAGGUAUCAAGAUUGCGCAAGUUCAGAGCGAAAAGUCCGGGUCUAGGUCAUCACGGGUCAGCGCCGCCGGCAUAUCUCGCCUGACCAGCAAAGGUCGCAUCAACGCCAUGGCAUGGCGUGUCAAUGCGAUGAAUGGCUACGGUAUUGAAAUGUAUACCGCCCAUGGAGAUGGCAGCAUCGGCGCCUGGUUCCCACGGAGCUACGCUGAAGAGAAGGAGGAUGACAAUGACAACGAUGAGUCGAUUGAAACACAUGGCACUCAUGGUGCACAGCAGCAGCCAGUCGUGCAGUCGAGCGACACUGCUCAAGACCAAGAGGAGAUUCGGAGGAAGAGAAAGAGAGCCCUGAUUGGCGACUUGGUUGAGGGUCUGGCUAAGAAACCGAUGUCUCUUUCGUGAUUAUUGAAUGAACUACCUGACUUGAGUCGAUGUUCACAUGUGAAUAGACAUUCUCAGACAAGAUAAAACCAACCAGUUUCGUCAUUACAUGUGUCACUGCACGUGAGCCGACAUAGGGACCUGCCUCAGGUAGUCCAUCACCACUUGUUGGUCAUGUGAUAACGAUCCAUAGAUCUGACAAAAAGUAAUCUAAGAGACAGGAACCCAGGUCAACUGAGAAUUACCACAUGUUCUAGGUCCCAUUGAUCUCAUUGACGGUGUCGUAUCUAUCUCGACAUCAUUUUAGUAACACAUGUCCGUUACCCAUACCCAUCAAACAUGCCCUCUCACCCCGAAUAUCUGUACAUAGACUCGUAUCCAAUCGUUGUCCCCACAAAUCAUAAC